GCAUUUUUAAUGAUGUGGUUAUGUAGUAGAUGUAUGAGUCGAUCGAUGCUUAUUACUGUUCAAAUAAGGAAGUUAAUCCAUGAAUUUUAGCCUGAUAAUGAAUUUGUAAUCCACUAUUGGAGGCGAGCAAGAUUUCACUAUCAUCGCUUACGAGUUACGCUAAAACUUGUGUCCCCAAGCCCAAGGGAAGACCCGCUGCGCUGGCCACGUAGCUUGGUCCACGUCCACUGUGAUGUGCUGUCGGCCGGCUGAGUAUUAUAGACUGGACUGGCUAAUAUAAAAAGGGUCGCAUCAGAGUAAGACCAAAAUGUCAAGGGAGAUGAAAGCAGUCCGUUGUCCAACGGACCAGCUUUCUUUGACAAACAGAGCGGUUGUAUCAGACAGAGAUGCUUAUGCACGUGUUGAUUAUGUACAGAUCCAGGCAACUCCAGGGCCAAGCUAUGUAUUUGCUAUAAUAACACAUCCAGAUGUAAAAGUUGGAGAAAUGGGAUUCAGUCUUCCCCAGAGGAAAUGGGCUAGAAUAUCAAUAGACCAACCAAUUCAAGCUGCCCCAUAUCGAUUUGAUCCAAGUUGCCAGUACUUGAGUUCUAUCACAGUGGAGGUCGAUUUCUUGCAAAAGAAAAACAUCACCAAUGAAGCUUUUGACUCGGACAAAAUGGCGCAAGAUUUCUUGGGGUCAUUUGAUCGUGUGGCAUUCACAGUGGAACAACAGCUGGUCUGCUCAUUCUACAACAAGAAACUGAUGGGACUGGUUGUCAAAUCUGUAGAAAUCCUUGAUCCUGCUAUCUUGAAGGGAGGAAAGCCUUCAGCCAGAAGGAACAAGGAAGUAAGGAUUGGUGUCCUAACCCAGAACACACAAGUUACCUUCGAGAAGGCAGAUGGUUCUGCACUAAACCUCAUUGGCAGAUCAAAGGGUCAAUCAGCGAAUCAAUCAAUCAUCAACCCUGACUGGGAUUUCAAGAAGAUGGGCAUUGGUGGAUUAGAUCAGGAAUUUUCAGAUAUCUUCAGGAGAGCUUUUGCUUCCCGAGUUUUUCCACAAGAAUUUGUGGAACAAAUAGGUGCUCAGCAUGUGAAAGGUAUAUUACUGUAUGGACCACCAGGUACGGGUAAGACUCUGAUGGCUAGAACUAUAGGAAAGAUGUUGAACUCAAGGGAACCUCAGAUUAUCAACGGUCCAGAGAUCCUUAACAAGUUUGUAGGAGAGUCAGAGGCUAACAUCAGAAAACUAUUUGCUGCUGCAGAAGAGGAACAGAAAAAGAUGGGGAAUAACAGUGGACUCCAUAUAAUUAUUUUUGAUGAAAUUGAUGCCAUAUGUAAGCAGAGAGGUUCAAUGUCUGGAAGCACCGGUGUCCAUGAUACUGUAGUCAACCAGCUCCUGUCAAAGAUUGAUGGUGUUGAACAACUCAAUAAUGUUCUUCUCAUCGGUAUGACAAACAGGAAAGAUCUGAUAGACGAUGCCUUGCUUAGGCCAGGUAGAUUAGAGGUUCAAAUGGAAAUCGGUUUGCCGAAUGAGGAAGGGCGUAUCCAAAUCAUAGAGAUCUAUCUUGCCAAGAUGAAAGAAAACAAUAAGCUGAGUAAAGACGUGGAUACUGCGGAACUUGCCACGCUGACCAAGAAUUACAGCGGUGCUGAGAUUGCAGGAUUGGUCAGGGCAGCUCAGUCUAUGGCUAUGAAUAGCCUCAUUACGGCAUCCUCUAAGGUUGAGGUUGAUUAUGAAAAGGCUGAGAAUAUGCAGGUUUCAAGAGAACACUUUAUGCAUGCCAUGGAUACAGACAUCAAACCAGCUUUUGGUGUGAGUAGUGAAAAUUUUGACAAGUUUAUCUUGAAUGGGAUCAUUGACUGGGGAGAAUCCGUCCAGAGGGUGUUGGCCGACGGAGAGCUUGUGGUCAAGCAGACCAAGGCCAGCGACCGGGUACCACUGGCCAGUAUGCUCAUGUCAGGAAGGGCUGGUAGUGGAAAGACAGCUUUAGCAGCCAAGCUUGCAUUGGAGUCUGGCUUCCCAUUCAUAAAGAUCUGUUCACCAGAAGACAUGGUUGGAUUCUCAGAAUCAGCAAAAUGUCAAGCCAUAAAGAAAAUCUUUGAGGAUGCAUACAAGUCUCAGGUCAGUUGUGUGGUGGUAGAUGACAUUGAAAGAUUGCUUGAUUAUGUUCCCAUUGGACCUCGUUUCUCAAAUCUGGUAUUGCAAGCUCUCCUAGUACUCUUGAAGAAAGCCCCACCGAAGGGUCGUAAGCUCCUUAUCAUUGGUACUACAAGCAGCCAUGAUGUACUAGAAGAGAUGAAGAUGACUGAUAUCUUCAAUACCCAGAUCAGAGUACACAGUCUUACUACAAGUGAUCACAUUGUCAAAGUAUUAGAGGAGCUGAAAGCCUUCACACCUGAGGAAAGGGACAGGAUCAGGACCAAGACCCAAGGCAAAUCCCUACUGAUUGGUAUCAAGAAGCUCCUAGUCCUCUUGGAGAUUGUCAGACAGACAGAACCAUCCUACAGAGUACCCAAGUUCCUGGCGCUGAUGGAGGAAGAGGGAGGGUUAGAGAUGUCAUAAAGAUUACUUCCUGUAGAUACAUCAUUCAUGCCAUCUGCGGUCAAGAAAGAGAGAUUGGAAGAAUAAUAUCUAGAGGGGAAGAGAGAUGAUACAAACAGAAAAUGUGCCGCUGUGGGUAAUUAAAAGGGCACCAUUAUGGACAGCCUAGACCCUGCCGAGGUGUAGAAUAGUGCUGAGUAUGACCACUAGAUAGAAGCAGCUUGUAUACUUAAAAAAGAAAUGUUCAUUCCAGAUUUUCAACCACGUUACAAGAAAAUAUGAAAUACAUCUAUUUAUAGAAGUUUAAUGUGCAUGAGUUUGUCAAUAAUGUGAGAAAGAUUAAAACCUGUCUUCUUAUCACUCUUUGAAAGAACUUGCAAGUAUAAUUGAUGUACUUGGAACAUUUCAUCUUGUAAUCAGUAAUGUAAAACAAUUUCUUUCUGUUUUGAAAGUAUGACAAAAAAAAAUGUACAGAAUUAGUCAAAGGAACUCUCAGAAGAGCCAUUACAGUCUUUCCUUUAUCUAUUUAGUCUUCUUUUGUCAGAUAUUUCAUUUUGGGAGAGUCAAAGUUAUGUGCAAGGGUAUAGGAAAGGAUCUGCAUGUGCGAAAAUGAUCUCCUGCAAGGAAAAAAAUCUUGCCUGUUAUGUAUUAUCAUAAAAUGUUUUUGAAAUAAAGUUGAAAACAAAUGAAUUAUGAAAGUGAUCGGUUCCCUUGCAUGACGAAUAUCACUCUGAUUUCAUUCUUAUGCUAAGUUAGGAUGAUGCAUUGGUAUUGUGUGGGAAUAGAUAUUUUGUGUUCAAUUUCAAAGCCAGAUUCGCUUCACUUGUGUGAAAGCGUACGUUCCAACUUAAAAGUGGUAAUUUUCACAAUAGUUUUGAUAUUCAAAAUUCAUGUUUCCAGCAUUGAAAUCUUCUGCUAAUGAAUGCCAUUCUACUUGAAUGUUUAUUGCAAGUUUUGCACAUGAAAGCCAAACCCAAAUUUAUGAUAUAAAGGUAGUGUGCAGAAAUAUUUGUAAAAUGUCAUCAACAUUCUGUUGCUCUUUAAAUAACCCAAUAUUGCAUCCAUCAACAGAAGUGCAGAUUUUGCCUAUUGUUUCUUAAAUGAUUAUAGCUAUAUGGAUUAAAAAAACUAAUUCCACAGUGUUAUGUAUCAUUAAAACAAUCCAUACCAAAUCCAACCAAUCCAAUCCAAAGUUUGGUUUACAUAGCGCCUUAUCCUUUCGGUUAUCCUAGGCUGCAUCUACAGCUAUGAAAAAACGUAAGAGGCAAGAUAUGUAGGAAAUUAAUUCAAUGAAAUUAGAUCAUAUGUUCAGUGUUUGCAAGAAAUGUAUGUCUAUGUUGUUCAUAGAAUGGAAAGAUGGAUUUUCAGAUAUUUAUAACUUCAUAUUCAUAAUCUUAUUGACAUGUGCUAUUUGGUACAACGUAUAAUCAAGAAAUUGUAAAAUAUCAACAGGAUUAGAUACUCACACAGAUGUCUAUGCUAUCUAUUUAUACUUGCAUUUAUACAGCAAUAGGAAUGAUAUAUCAUACUUCUUUAUAUAACAAUGUAAUAUUCCCAGUAUCAACUCUUUCCUCAGCUUGUUGUUGAUAGUAUUUCAUCUCCUUAAUAAUUUUUUUUUACAUAUUUUAAUUAUCAUUUUGUUACCUUAUUGCAUUACAUCAGUUCAUUUUCAUCCCAGAUAUUUGUUAUCGCUUGAAAUACAUGAGCAGAUAAUGAAAAUGCAUUAUUUACUUUAAAAAAAAAUUCCAAUGGAAUACGAGACAAGAAAAAUAAAAUCAAGAUUGGCUGAAACAAUAAUUUUUUUGUACAAUAGGGAGUCAAGAGGAAAUUCCACUACCUACAACAUUACGAAUAUAUGCAGAAUGUGAUAUCAAACUAGAUUAAUUUGCCUAUUGAAGUUUUGCAUAGAUGAUGUGUUAUUUUGUCAUGUAUAAUGUGGUAUAUCGUUUCUACAGGACUUUGAAUUAUACCUCAAUUAUCUUUCUGAUAAUUUCCUGCCUUCAGUGGUUUGCUAAAUAUACUACACAUACUGUAUACAUCCCUCAUUGUAUUGCUACAACAAUAAUCCCUUGUAGAGAUUCAUUUGGAAAGAUUUUUUUUUAGCUGAAAAAGUGUUGGAUUGAUCCUAUUCAAUAUGCAUUUUCAUUAGGCAUAGAUAGAUAUAAUUAUUUUUACAGGUUUGAAACUGAAUAUAUCUUCAUACUGUUACUCAGCUUUUCACAUUCUUUUUCAUCUUUAUAAUGUAUAAUGGGUCAUGUUGAUGUUCUCAGUAUGUUUGUUAAAUCAUAUUCCAGCUGUUAUGCACUCCAAUGCAGAAAGCUUAAUGUUUAAUAUGAUUUCAUUCUAGAAUAGAAUGGGAGUUUGAUAAUCAUUAUCUAAUGCUAAAAAUUUUCAUUUUGAUUUGAUAAAUUGUGUGUAAAUUGUUUGUGCAUGAUUACUAUUUAUGAACAAAAUGAAAUAGACUGUCAUGCAUGUAUGUGUAUAUGCUAUCUUUAUAUUGUAAAGCAAAGCAUGUUUGCUAUGAAAGAAUUAUGCUUAUAACAGAGUGUGUAACAUUCCAAAGUAUGUAUGAUAUUAUAAUUAGAAUUUGCUAUGAAAUGGUAGUAUUCUAUGGUGUCCCUUCCUACUAAUCUUGAAUAUUUAGUCUUUUUACCACUGAAAGUUUUCUUCAGAUUUUGUGUAUAGUAUGUCCAGUAUUUGCAAACUUUGUAAUUAUUAGUUUAGUGCUCUUUGUAACUUGUUUUCUUUCCUUUAUCAUUCAAAGUAUAUUUUGUGGAAUUGAAUUGUUGACAGUAUGUUUUGAUGUUCUAAAAGGAACACCAAAACAAGUUGCUUACAAUUCUUUUUAUUGUUUCAUGUAUUAAUUUCUAUUUACAUGAGCAUAGAAGUAUUAUAAUUUAUCGAUGAUAAUUACCUGGAAGAAUUUACCUAUGCAUUUGUGUUAUGAUUUAUCCUUUACAUGUAUUUUUUUUUUAUAUAGUAUUUAAAAAAUAGUUAAAUAUGUAGGCUAUACUAUGUGAGAGUGUAACUCUUUGAUCAAUACUAAAUGAUUACUUUCUGGUCAAUUUUACUUACUGGUGUAAACCAUUAUUGUUAUAUAUUUAUCUUCUCAUCCCUGGAGGCCAUAAUUCUAUUUAGAACUGAAAAUAUUUCCUUAACGUUUAUGAGUUUAGUGAUUUUCCAAAGAAUGGUUUUCUCAAGUUAUGCAGCACCUCAAAUUUGCUAUCACUUUUCCAUUAUGGUUUGCGCUAUUUUUUGUUUUAAUAUAUUUGGCUUCCAUUCUUUGAUGCCACAGUCCCACUGGGGAACCGACUCCAGAUUGAUCAAAGCUUUUACGUUAUUACCAAUGACAUAUCAUUCGUCGGUUUGGUAUCUGUUUCUGCUGUGGUAACUCCUGUAGGAACUCGGCAGGACAGCAUUUUUUGCUGGUAAACGCCAAGCUGGUAUAUAACCAAUUACCUUGGAACAUUUUACGUCUAGGUUAAUCAGCCAUAGUGGCUGACAUGAUCUGUGUCGUUGGCGUGACUAUAGCGUGAGCGUACAUGUAUUUAUGAUUUAUGGAGUAUCAAGCAGUUUAACCCUAAAUAGACUGGGCUAUGAUGCGUAAGAAGACUGAGGGGGAGCUGCACCCUCGUUUGUGUGAAACGACGGUGUAAACCCAAUUUUAGAGAAAAUCAACUUCAAAGUUUACUGUAAUUUUCACACUUAGUUCCUCAGCCGUAUAACAUAUUAAUUGCUAGAAAAAUACAUUGGAAAGACUAAGACGAUUUCUUGACAUUGGUAUUUUUUUUACAUAUAACCAAGAAUCAGAGAAAAUAUCGCAAGAGAGCUGCAUGUUUGUAAUGUUGGCCUGAGUGGUUUAGAAUUUCCCUGUACAAAAAUGCCAUAGGCAAUACAACAACCCUGACUUCGAUUUCAAUGCACACGGUCAAUCAAAACGUAUCGCUUUUUCACGUGCAAAGUCAAUGCGGUACCGAUAUGACAGUGUGACUGACUGAAUUUGCAUAUCAAUUGCGUGCAGCUGUUGUUUGCUUUGCUACUGUACAUGUCUCGUAAGGGAUUUCUGCGUUUUAUCAACAAUUUGCAUGGCCUCGCCGUUAAAAUCCUUACAUAUCUCAGACACUAAAUAAAUUGCUGCCUAGAAAUUCAUUUAUGAAUAAGAUAAAGGUCUUGUACUUUCAUUUUCUUCAAAAUCUCAAAAUCGUUUUUUUUAAACCAAAAUUGACUGAUACGGUUUUCGGAUGAAUGCCGACGAUAUGUAAUUUGAUUCCUACCAUUCAUUGUUAUAUGUCAUUUAUACUCAGUCUUUAGUAUUGUUACUGAACUAACCGCAUUAAAUAUUCCUUUUCUACCAAGUGCAAUAUUGCUCAAUAUGUCCAUGUAGAGAGGAGAUUAAAAUGUGUGUCCUUGUAAAACCUUUA